AUGACCACAGGCGACGAUGCCUCGUCCAUGUCCUCUAUUCUUCUUGCCCCCUUGACCGACCUUCAAACACUAUCGCAGGCCUUGUUCGUUUCACUUUCACCUGUCACGAAACCACCACCGCCGCCACCUCCACCAGUUUCUGCUUUUCUUGCCUGCGACCAGGCUCUGGCCUCUGCUGUGAACACUGCGCAUUCGCAUCAAAUUAGACAAAGAAAGAUAGAAGCACUGAAAAAUGAGAUCCUUGAGCUCGAUGCUCGAUGGCGAGAAAUAUGCAUGGAACUCGAAAGGGAGAAACGCGAGCUGGAGGCCAUGAUUGAGGAAGGCGAAGAACGGGUGCAGGCCAUUGAAAAUGCAAAGAAAGGCGCGUUAUUCUCUUUCUGUUAUGGGUCUAUUCCGUAUCCUGAGCUGCUGGCUUAUGCACAGAGCCUAAGCGCAUUUACUUCUGCCCCUCCCAACAUGCCGGACUUGAGCCUGCCUGGCCAGCCUCCUCCACCACUGUUCUUUCCACCUUUUCCAAACGAAGAAAAGAUGCGCCGGGGUCGUCUCAAUGCAGAGGCCCCACUUGGAUUGCCAGGAGAAACACAUUCUAUUGGAGCACCAACCGUAUCACCCAAAGGCCCCGACGCUAACCAGAUGGGCCCCGGGGCGAACCCGUACAGGCAAGAUCUCCGUGCUCCUCAACCACAAUUCUUCGACCUGGACCUCGAUUUAAAUCCUGAUUUGUGA